ACUACGUCCUUUACCUGGGCGGGAACAGCAAAAUGGCGCCAGAACUAGUGGCGGGCUGAGGACGCUGGCUCCCCUCGAAGACGGCCCUGCGGUCCCCGGGCCGCCCCGGCCCCUUCCGGACAUGGAGGACGUGGAGGCGCGCUUCGCCCAUCUACUGCAGCCCAUCCGCGACCUCACUAAGAACUGGGAGGUGGACGUGGCGGCCCAGCUGGGAGAAUAUCUAGAGGAGCUGGACCAGAUCUGCAUUUCUUUUGAUGAAGGAAAAACCACCAUGAACUUCAUUGAGGCAGCGCUGCUGAUCCAGGGCUCUGCCUGUGUCUACAGUAAGAAGGUGGAGUACCUGUACUCGCUGGUCUACCAGGCUCUCGAUUUCAUCUCUGGCAAGAAGCGGGCCAAGCAGCUGUCCUCAGUGCGGGAACAGGGGGCGGAUGGGGACGCCAGUUCCGAGGCCCCCCAGGAGGCGGACGACCAGUUCCUGUCGCUAGAUGACCUCCCUGACUCCCGUGCUAAUGUGGAUCUGAGGAACGACCUGCCUCCCCGUGAGAUCCUCAUCGUCCCUCUCCUGCCCAUGGCCCUUGUGGCCCCUGAUGAGAUGGAGAAGAAUGUUAGCCCCCUGUACAGCUGUCAGGGGGAGGUCCUGGCCAGCCGGAAGGAUUUUAGGAUGAACACGUGCACCGCCCACCCCAGAGGAGCCUUCAUGUUGGAGCCGGUGGGCAUAUCCCCAACGGAGACGCUGCUGCCAAGGAACCAGAAGGAGGCUGAGGGGGCUGAGGAGCAGCCAAUGGAAGUCUGUGUGUGCAGUUCCGUCCCUGUGCUCAGCGCCUCCCAGGAGCCAGGUACCUCUCCGGAAGGCCCGCUGCCUGGAGGUGGCGACGAGGAUGAGGACGCAGAUGGGGCGGUGGAGCUCCCUGAGCCCAUGGCCCCCGACGUCCCUCCCGAGCCCCAGGAGCCCAGGAGCCCGCAGCAGAGUGCUGCCCAGCCCAGCAGGUGUGUGCUGCGGGAGCGACGGGAGCCUAUGUCCCUGCUGAAGGAGACCCCAGACCCCUGGCAGAGCCUGGACCCCUUUGACUCCCUGGACGCCAAGCCCUUCAAGAAAGGUAGGCCCUACUCUGUGCCCCCCUGUGUGGAGGAGGUUCCAGGACAGAAGCGCAAGAGGAAGGGUGUCGCCAAGCUGCAGGACUUCCACCAGUGGUACCUGGCUGCUUAUGCCGAGCACGCUGACAGCAGGAGGCCCCGGCGAAAGGGCCCGUCCUUUGCAGACAUGGAAGUCCUGUACUGGAAGCACGUGAAGGAGCAGCUGGAGACCCUCCGGAAGCUGCAGAGGAGGGAGGUGGCGGAGCGGUGGCUGCCGAGGCCUGAGGAGGGGCUGUGGCCUGUGGAAGAGGACCGCCUGGAGGAUUCCCUGGAGGAUCUGGGGGCGGCAGAUGACUUUCUAGAGCCUGAGGAGUAUGCAGAGCCUCAGGAGGCAAAGCCUGGGGAGGCCGCGGACCUGGAAGCAGAGGCCGUGCCGGCAUCCCUGAGCUAUGAGGAGCUGGUCCGCAGGAAUGUGGAGCUCUUCAUCGCCACGUCUCAGAAGUUUGUGCAGGAGACGGAGCUGAGCGAGCGCAUCAGGCACUGGGAGGACACCGUCCAGCCGCUGCUACGGGAGCAGGAACGGCACGUGCCCUUUGACAUCCACACCUAUGGGGACCAGGUGGUCUCAAGGUUCAGCCAGCUCAACCAGUGGUGUCCCUUCGCGGAGCUGGUAGCCGGCCAACCUGCCUUCGAGGUGUGUCGCUCCAUGUUGGCCUCCCUGCAGCUGGCCAACGACCACACGGUGGAGAUCACCCAGCAGCCGGGGCUGGAGGCAGCCGUGGACACCAUGUCCCUGAGGCUGCUCACCCACCAGCGGGCCCACAAGCGCUUCCAGACUUACGCUGCCCCCUCCAUGGCCCAGCCUUGAGCGG